UGGGCAGGGCUGCAGGGGGGAACCUGAGAGCUGAAGGAGGAAGCAUGUGGGGAUUUUCUUUUAACCAGUCAAGGCUUGUUCAAGUGAGAGUAUCAGUCUGCCAGAGGUGAAGAGAUUCAGGAGGGGCUCGCUCAUCGUCAUGGACGUCAUGGCAUCCUGGACUGCAUUGCUCAUCUGUUCAGUCAUCCCCCCGUCUGUGGCUCUGGAGAUGGGACGCCAACAUGACAGGGGGCCGGUGGCCGCGGCCCCAGGAGACCUCAUCAUCGCAGGACUCUUCCCCAUCCACGAAGACGUGGACCACUCCCAAACCUCCGGGGCUCCACACCCACCGCCUUGCAUCAGGUUUGCGUGGAGAGGCCUGGGGAGAGCCCUGGCUAUGAUCAGUGCCAUAGAGGACCUGAACCGAUCCCCUCUGAUGACGGAUGUGAACGUGACUCUGGGCUACCGGAUCCUGGACUCCUGCCAUGACGUCAGCACAGCUCUGAGAGCCACAGCAGACUUCAGCCAGGGGCCCGUCGUGGCCCUCGUGGGGGCCUCCUACUCCGAGCUGUCCAUAGCUGUGGCCAGACAGCUGACUCUGGAGAUGAUCCCUCAGAUCAGUUACUCCUCGACAGCUGCCAUCCUGAGUGAUAAGAGCCGCUUCCCUGCCUUCAUGAGGACCGUCCCCAACGACCGUCACCAGACGGCAGCCAUGGUCAGUCUGCUCAGCACCUUCGGCUGGAACUGGGUGGGCGUGGUUACCACCGACGGGGAUUAUGGGAGAUCAGCUCUGGACCACUUUGUCACACAGGCCUCUGAGAAAGGCAUCUGCGUGGCCUUCAGAUCGGUCCUGCCUCAGUCCGCAACCAGCGCCAACGUCCAGGCGGCCAUCGUUAAGACGGCAGAAACCAUCCACGCCAAUCCAAAGGUGCAGGUCAUUGUGUCAUUCGCCAGUCCCCUUCACAUGAUGCAUCUGUUCCAGGAGCUGAGGGACGGGGCUCUGGGGGCGGGACAGGGGGUGGAAGCCAUGAGGAGAGUUUGGGUGGCCAGUGACAGCUGGUCGUCCUCCAGCUCCGUCACCAGAAACCUAACUCUGCAGGACAUUGGACACGUUGUAGGCUUCACCUUCCAACAUGGAGAGCCAAAAUCAUUUAGUGAGUGCCUGAGCAGGCUGGAGGCAGGUGAACUGAACUGCACCGGCAUGAAACACAUCCUACAGGAGCUCUGCAAGCACCUGAACGGCACUGACGGACCUGCAGACCCAGAGUUGGUGGAUAUCAGUGAAGUACCGGUGGGCCCUGAGCUGUUGGACGCCAGUGAAAGAUCUGCAGACCCUGAGCUCCUGUCCAGAGCUGUGAGCUUGCUCAAAAAACACUCUCAACCUGACAUCACCUUCAGUGUCCAGAUGGCUGUGAGCGUCUUGGCUAACGCUGUCGCUUCCAUCUGUCGCAGCAGAGACUGCAAAACACCUGGCAGCGUGCAGCCCUGGCAGGUUUUAGAGGCUCUGCAGAAGGAGGAGUUCACCCUCAGAGGAAGCACCUACAGGUUUGACAGCAAUGGAGAUGUGAAUUUGGGCUAUGAUGUGAGCAUUUGGAGGUCGGAGGGAGGCCUUAUCCAUGUCCAUGAAGUGGUAGCAGAGUACCAUCCACUCAACUGCAGCUUCACCCACAGCAAGACCAGAAAGCUGCAGCUGCUGCAGAACGUCAUAUCCAGAUGCUCCAACAGCUGUGUUCCUGGAGAGUUCAAGAAGACGGCUGAGAGCCAACACACUUGCUGCUACGAAUGUAUCAACUGCACCGAGAACUACUUCUCCAACAGCACAGAUAUGGACCAGUGUCUGAGCUGCGACCCCAGCACGGAGUGGUCUCCCCAGGGCAGCUCCGGCUGCACCCCCAAAGCCCUGCGCUUCUUCUCCUGGCACGACAGCUUUGCAGCGGUGCUGCUGAGCUUCUCCACCAUGGGGAUCCUGCUGGCCCUGCUGGUGCUGGCUCUGUUCCUGCACCGCAGAGACACUCCGGUAGUGAAGGCCGCCGGGGGGGCCCUGAGUCACGUCAUCCUCCUGUCUCUGGUGGUCUCCUACGUCAGCGCCAUCCUGUUCGUGGGCCGGCCCAGCGGCCUGCAGUGCAAAGCUCGGCAGGUGCUGUUUGGAAUCAGCUUCACUCUGUGCGUCUCCUGCAUCCUGGUUAAGACUCUGAAGAUCGUUCUGGCCUUCCAGUUCAACCCAGGGCUGCCGGGGAUCCUGCGGGGGCUCUACCGGUCCUACGCCAUCAUUGGCAUCUGCAUGGCCGGUCAGGUGGCCACCUGCAUCUGCUGGCUGGUCCUCAGGAGCCCCUUCAAGCAGGUCACCAUCUCCCAGACCGAAGUGCUGGAGAACUGUCACGAGGGUUCUUACGUGGCUUUCGGGGUGAUGCUGGGCUACAUCGCUGUCCUGGCUUUCAUCUGUUUCAUCUGUGCUUUCAAAGGCCGGAAACUUCCUCAGCAGUUCAACGAGGCCAGGUUCAUCACCUUCAGCAUGCUGCUGUACCUGGUCUCCUGGCUGCUCUUCAUCCCCAUCUACGUCACCACCUCGGGGGUGUACCUGCCCGCCGUGGAGAUGGUGGUCAUCCUCAUCUCCAACUACGGCAUCCUCAGCUGCCACUUCUUCCCAAAGUGCUACGUCAUGCUUUUCAAAAGUGAUCAGAACAACGCAGGCGCCUUCAGGAAGAAACUGUAUGAAUAUUCCAGAAAGAUCUCAGAUUUAGUGAUCGUUUCUGUGAGUUCAGAGUCCCAACAGCAGUCCGGUCCUUCAAUCUCCUCCGAACCUUCUCUUGAGAAUCCCCCAGAACUCUCCAAAGAGUCGAUCGGCAGAAACAGAAGCAGCUUCUUGGUUUCAGGCAGCGGUUCGACCACACGGCGCUGCCUCAGAAGAAGCCUCAGUAUGUGAGAUGUGGAAACUCAGACGGUUUCUCUGUAAACCAGGGAUGUUCAGCAUCACAGAGACAGAGAAGGGCUGCUUGCACAGAAACUGCAAAGAUAUUGAAGUAUUGCAAUGUGUUUUAAUCAUAGUAUAUACAUAUCAUGAUGUAGAUGAUGAUGUUGAAGAGAAAGCAAGUAUAACUUAAAAGGAACGGAGAUUAAAAAAAACAAAACAAGAUUCAGGACUAAAUUGAUGGAACGUUGUGUUUCUGUGAAAGGAAUCAGUUUAUGGAACAAUCUGAAUAAAGAAAACAAAGAAUCCAAAUCAAACAUUACAUUCAAAAGAACAAUUAAAGCCUUUAUGUUAAAUAAAUAUAAUGAAAUGUGUUAGUUAAGUUUGAUUGACAUACCCAUAGACGGCGAUAAUUCUAUUUUAUUUUAGUUUUUUAUUUACUUAGUUGUUGUUUUUUAAAUUUCUAAUUUAUGUUAUUUGUGAGUUUAUUUCUUGGAAAAAGGGGCAGAU